AUGGAAGAGGAACCCAAGUUACAGUCUAUCCCCAUGCAAGACUUCACCGCCACUGAUGAUCGAAGCAAGCACAGUGCAGAGGAAACCAUCGGCGAAGAUGUUGACUACGUUCGGGAAGACAUUCAGUCCAAGGUAUCCAAGCCACUGUGGAUCCUCAUUGUCUUUACCAUUCUCUCAUCCACGUUCCUCUUUGCCCUUGACAAUACCAUCGUUGCCGACGUGCAGUCCCCCAUCGUGAAAACCUUUGGAGAAGUCGACAAACUGAGUUGGUUGGGGGUAGCCUUUGUGCUGUCAGGCUCGGCCACUAUUUUGACCUGGGGUAAACUCUAUGGCAUUUUCAGUGUGAAAUGGCUCUAUCUCUCUUCCUUACUUCUCUUCGAGAUCGGGAGUGCUAUUUGUGGCGCGGCUUUGAAUAUGAACAUGCUGAUUGUCGGCCGUGCUGUCGCUGGACUGGGGGGUUCCGGCAUGUACCUCGGGUGCUUGAAUUUGUUGUCGCUCACCACGUCAAUUCGUCAACGACCGCAAUAUAUUGCAUUGACUGGGAUCACAUGGGGCUCGGGAACCGUUCUGGGGCCUGUGGUUGGGGGCGCUUUCACGCAGAACCAUGCCGCCACAUGGCGAUGGGCCUUUUACAUCAACCUCUGCAUAGGAGCUGCUUUCUUACCAGUCUAUGUUUGCCACUUACCGAGAUGUGAUCCUCAACCCGGGGUGUCGAAAAAGCAGAAAUUGAUGCAAAUCGACUAUCUGGGCAUCAUCCUGAUCGCCGGCAUGUUGACAGCCUUGAAUAUGGGCAUUAUCUUUGGUAGUACCACAUAUGACUGGAAGGAAGGACUAGCAUAUGUCCCCUGGAUUAUCACUGCUUUGUCGUGUGGUUUAUUCAUAACGCAGCAGUUGUUCUGUAUCGGUACAACUCCGUCCGAGCGAAUUGUCCAGUGCCAGUUCAUUGGCCAGCGUCUCAUGUUGCUACUGUUCACUCUGAUGGCUGCUGCUUCUACCUGCGUCUUUGUCCCUACUUAUUACAUCCCGUUGCACUUCCAGUUCGUCCGAGGGGACUCUGCCUUGACUGCUGCCGUGCGACUGCUACCAUUCAUUGUUCUGAUGGUGGCAUUUGGCUUCCUGAAUGGAGCUUUGAUGUCUAAGCUGGGAUACUAUAUGCCCUGGUACUUGGGCGGGGGUGUUUUGACGACAAUCGGGGGUGCCUUGAUGAGCACCGUGAACGAGACUUCCUCAAAUGCCAGAAUUUAUGGAUACACAUCCUUCAUCGGCAUCGGGGCCGGCAUGUUCAUCCAAGCGGGAUUUUCCGUCGCCCAAGCCAAGGUCUCUACAUCCCGUGAGACAGAUGCAACAUCCUUCAUGUCCUGGGGACAAAACAUGGGUAUUAUGAUUUCACUCGCCAUAUCAGGAGCAGUGUUCCAAAACAACUGCAUCGACAAGCUGAAGCAUGUUUUGCCAAAUCUCUCCCGGAACGAGCUAAAGGCCGUCAUCUCCGGAAAUGACAGCGAGAUUUUCAGGCGACUGAAUGACGAUACCCGGGCCAGAGUGCUCCAGGCAAUCGUGUGGGCCAUGUCGCGCACGUAUUUUCUGGUGGUGACGGCCGGAGCGAUGGCGAUUCUCGGAUCGCUGACGAUGAAGAGGGAACGUAUCUUCAUCAAGGCUUCAGCGGCAGCAUAG